AGUCAGCUCCUUGCGUGCGUGCAGUGGUUGGGCGAGUUCCAGGUGCUGGCCUAUCUGCCGCUCGAGGCAGACCAAGGGCUGCCUAUCCAGGACAUGGCCGAGCUGGCUGACGUGCCUGAGGCGCAGCUGUGCCGGAUUGUGCGUCUCACAGCCAUGGGCGGCUUCUUGCGCGAACCACAGCCUGGCUAUGUUGCCCACACUGCGCUUUCGGCCAGCUUUGUCCGGCGGCUGGCUCAGCUAGACUCGGCCAUGUUCCUGGCCGAGACGGUGGCGCCGUGCAUGCUACACAUGGCGGCCGCCUCCCGGCACGCCCACACGCACCAGGCCGAAGGGCUCGCCAUGGACUGGGGCAGCAAGCGGGUGCAGCGGUUGUGGUCAAGCUUCGUGGGGGCCAUGGGCGGCGCUGAUCAAGACUCUCACAUCCUGGCCCAGAUCGACUGGGCAAGCCUGGCUCGCGAUGCCGCGCCCCAUCCCGCCCUGCGCUUUGUCGUGCAGACGACGGACGCGGCGCCGCCCCCAAGCGCCACCGCCACUGUCUCCGCCACUUCCGCCACCGCUUCCGCCACCUCCGCCUCCGCGGCCCCCACGCCCCCCAGCCACAGCACCAGCCACAGCCACAACCACAACCACAACCACCACCACAACGUCCGCAUGUGCCAGCGAGCCCACGGCGCGCCGCAGACCAUCACCGACGCCGCCCUCUACCUCGUGCGCGUGCCCGCAAACAUCCCCGGCCCCAUCCGCCCACGCAUCGCCGCCGAACUGCGCGCCCACCUGCCCGUCCUCCAGGCGCAGCGAGGCGCGCUGCUGAUCCUAACGUCGCCUCUGCUGCCGGAGCCUGGCACGGUCUCACGUCAGACCGAGCUGCUCGCACGCGUGCGCGACCUUGCCCGCCUGCAGCUGGUCGGCAGCGGCCUGUUGACCCUGCAGGAGCUGGUGGAGCUUGUUGGCAGCAUCCACGACGCCCACGGCGGCCUGGUCGUGGUCAAGCAGCUCCACGCCCCCAACAGCGCCUUCGUGGGACUAGGACUGCGUUAUCAGCCCUUGCUGCCGCUGACCGGCUAA